AUGGGAUCCAAGCUGUCCGUGGAUGAGUCGGUACGAGUGGUGAUUGUGGGUGGAGGAUUUGCUGGUAUAGCUGCUGCCAGUCAGCUGAAGUCUCAUGGAAUCCCUUUUGUUCUGGUGGAUAUGAAAGACUGCUUUCACCACAAUGUUGGAGCACUUCGAGCUUCUGUAGAGAGCGGUUUUGCAAGUAAGACCUUCAUUUCCUAUAAAGAUUCAUACCAGGACAGCUUCAAACAAGGCAAAGUUGUUGGAAUAAACCUGGAGACUCAAAACGUGUUGCUAGAAAGCAAUGAGGAAUUACACUUCUCUCAUCUCAUAAUUGCUACAGGGAGUCAUGGUCCCUUUCCUGGAAAGAUUAACAUAACAACCACCAAGGAUGCAGCUAUUCAGAUGUAUGAAGAUCUUAUAAAGGAGGUCCAGAAAGCUAAACAUGUGGUUGUUGUGGGUGGAGGUGCAGCAGGUGUUGAAAUGGCUGCAGAGGUGAAAACAGAUUAUCCCGAGAAAGAGGUUACAUUGAUACAUUCUAAGGUCGCAUUAGCGGAUGCGGAGCUGGAGCCAUGUGUUAGACGAGCUGUAAAGGAAAUCCUCCUGAAUAAGGGAGUAAGGCUAGUAUUGGGCCAGAAAGUUGCAAAUUUGGAUGAACUGACACCAAAUAUGACUCAAGACAAUAUAGAAAUACGUUUGGAUAAGGAUCCUGAAGUGAUCACUGCCAACCUACUCCUCUGCUGUACAGGGAUCAAGGUCAAUUCAUCUUGUUACCUCAAUGUAUUUGGAGACUAAGUAGCAUGCAAUGGAGCUUAUGGUGAAUGACUUUCUUCAACUGGAAGCGAUACAGCAAGUUUAUGAAGCAGGGAGACUUGCAGACAUAAGAGAACUAAAAUGCAUACGUGCAGGUUGACUUGCAAUAUUGCUGUCACCAAUAUUAUCAAAUGUUUACUCGGGAAACCUCCUGAUACUAUAUGAAUCCUGAACUGUUUUUUUUCCUAUCAUUGGGUCGAAAUGACGGAGUGGGGCAGUUCAAUGGCAUUUACAUGAGCCGGUUUUUAGUGACCAAGGCUAAAAGCCGAGAUAUAUUUGUCUCUAAGAGUUGGAAAAAACAUGGGACAGAAGAUGCCAAAAUAA